CUUGGCUCUGAGUUGCGUUUCUGAGCAGUGUCCCAGGGACAGAGGACCCAGGCUGGCUGCGGACUAUCUGCUUCUCUCGGGAUCCGCGGAGCUUCUUGUUUAAAGAGUACUUUCCCUGGAAUCGGAGCCCUAGCAGCCCCUCCUCAGUCCUAUCCGGCAAAGAGCUGAGCGCUGCCUGCGAAGGGAGGCAGCGCCUUCCCGAAACAGUUUAUCUUUGGGCGGAUUUCUGGAAGAGAAAAAGAAACCAACAGGUUGCCAGCCCCGGCACCACACACAAGUCGGCGGAGAGGGAAGCCCCGGCCCGGUUCCCCGCUGCCUGCUUUGGCCCCGCGCGGGCUGCGGGAGGCGAGGGGAGGGAGGGGGCUAUGGCUCGGCCUGACCCGACCGCGCCGCCCUCGCUGCUGCUGCUACUCCUGGCGCAGCUGGUAGGCCGGGCGGCGGCCGCCUCCAAGGCCCCGGUGUGCCAGGAAAUCACGGUACCCAUGUGCCGCGGCAUCGGCUACAACCUGACGCACAUGCCCAACCAGUUCAACCACGACACGCAGGACGAGGCGGGCCUGGAGGUGCACCAGUUCUGGCCGCUGGUGGAGAUCCACUGCUCUCCGGACCUGCGCUUCUUCCUGUGCUCUAUGUACACGCCCAUCUGCCUACCCGACUAUCACAAGCCCCUGCCCCCCUGCCGCUCAGUGUGCGAGCGCGCCAAGGCCGGCUGCUCCCCGCUCAUGCGCCAGUACGGCUUUGCCUGGCCCGAGCGCAUGAGCUGCGACCGCCUCCCUGUCCUGGGCCGCGACGCUGAGGUCUUGUGCAUGGAUUACAACCGCAGCGAGGCCACCACGGCGCCCCCAAGGCCCUUCCCCGCCAAGCCCACCCUCCCAAACCCUGCAGGAGCGCCGGCCUCGGGGGGCGAGUGCGCCACCGGGGGCCCAUCGGUGUGCAAGUGCCGUGAACCCUUCGUGCCCAUCCUGAAAGAGUCGCACCCGCUCUACAACAAGGUGCGGACGGGCCAGGUACCCAACUGCGCGGUUCCCUGCUACCAGCCCUCGUUCAGCCCCGACGAGCGCACGUUCGCCACCUUUUGGAUUGGCCUGUGGUCUGUGUUGUGCUUCAUCUCCACCUCCACCACCGUGGCCACCUUCCUCAUAGACAUGGAACGCUUCCGCUACCCUGAGCGCCCCAUCAUCUUCCUUUCAGCCUGCUACUUGUGCGUGUCGCUGGGCUUCCUGGUGCGCCUGGUCGUGGGCCAUGCCAGCGUCGCCUGCAGCCGCGAGCACAGCCACAUUCACUACGAGACGACAGGCCCAGCGCUGUGCACUGUUGUCUUCCUGCUGGUCUACUUCUUCGGCAUGGCCAGCUCCAUCUGGUGGGUCAUCCUGUCGCUCACCUGGUUCUUGGCAGCCGGCAUGAAGUGGGGCAACGAGGCCAUCGCGGGCUAUGCCCAGUACUUCCACUUGGCCGCGUGGCUCAUCCCCAGCGUCAAGUCAAUCACUGCUCUGGCACUGAGCUCCGUGGAUGGGGACCCGGUGGCUGGCAUCUGCUACGUGGGCAACCAGAACCUAAACUCCCUGCGCGGCUUCGUGCUGGGCCCUCUGGUGCUCUACCUGCUGGUGGGCACGCUCUUCCUCCUGGCGGGCUUCGUGUCGCUGUUCCGCAUCCGCAGCGUCAUCAAGCAGGGCGGCACCAAGACAGACAAGCUGGAGAAACUCAUGAUCCGCAUCGGCGUCUUCACGCUGCUCUACACGGUACCGGCCAGCAUCGUGGUGGCCUGCUACCUGUACGAGCAGCACUACCGGGAGAGCUGGGAGGCUGCGCUCACCUGCGCGUGCCCGGGCUCCGACGCCGGCCAGCCCCGCGCCAAGCCCGAGUACUGGGUCCUCAUGCUCAAGUACUUCAUGUGCCUCGUGGUGGGCAUCACGUCGGGCGUCUGGAUUUGGUCCGGCAAGACUGUGGAGUCCUGGCGGCGCUUCACUAGCCGCUGCUGCUGCCGCCGGCGACGGGGCCACAAGAGCGGCGGCGCCACGGCCGCUGGGGACUAUGCCGAGGCGAGCGCAGCGCUCACGGGCAGGACUGGGCCGCCGGGCCCUGCCGCAGCUACCUACCACAAGCAGGUGUCCCUGUCGCACGUGUAGGAGGCCCCGGGAGUGAGGGAGGGGGGUGGUUUUGUUUGGUAGCCUUGCCAAGGUCACUUCCGUUUACCUUCAUGGUGCUGAUGCCCCCUCCUGGGGCAACUUGGAGAGAGGGGAAAAGGCCCCUUCUCAAAGGGGCUCAGCUCACGUGUAUUGUUUUGUGUUUCUUGCUGCCUUUAGGGGAACCCUGUUUUUUUAAUUUAUAUGUCUUUUUCGUAAUUUUUAACUUUGUUGCAUUUUGGCAACACAAUUUACCUUUGCUUUUGGGGGCUUUACAAUCCUAAGGUUGGCAUUAUAAUGAAGUUCCACGUGGUUCAGGUUUCUUUGAACUGUGUUCUGAAUUGGAAAAUAUAUUUCCUAUACUUGUGUCUUUAAAAAAAAAUGUGAACAGUGAAAGUUUGGAUUGCUGUGACUGGGAAGUUGACAGCUGUGUUUUUUCAGUUUGUCUCUCCUUCCACUGCUUCUAGUCCUAAGUGAGGGGGAACUCCAAGUCAUACCGGGGAGGGGGAGCAUAAUGUGGGUAGGACCUCCCCACAGGGACAAGGUUAGGGAGUGGUGAGCGAUUUUGUGUUCCUUCUAGCUUUAUUUAGCAAGCGUUGCUUUCUUUUCUGUGGUACUUGUAAUCACCCUCAUUCUUAACAGCGCCAGCAUUUUGAAUACGUUCGAGUUAGCGUAGUGCCCGGUAUAGAUGUUCGGAGUAGUGAGGACCUAAGGGAUGGAAAUUGGCUAAGCUUGAAUUCUAGAUAAGAUGGCAGCUCUGUGCCAGAGGCGUGGGUGGUACUAAAUAGGCUUCAGUGAUCCCGGUUUUUUUUAUUUUUUAUUUUUUACAAAACAACUUGUGUUAUAAUUUUGGUAAAAGUAAAACCACUCCUUUCUUCUGGAAGUACUUAGUGAUAGUUGCUAAAGAGGGCUGCUUUGUAGAUUGCAGGACUAAAAUGGAUAUAACUCCAGUAAUUAAGUAAAUUUCCAACAUUUACCCGCUCCACCCCCCAUCCCACCUCCUUUAUCAUGUUAAACAGUCUUUUUGCUUUUCUUAUUCCUCCUCUCCUGGAGAGCUGUGAUUAGAAACCACACCCACCCUUGAAUGAGGUGCUUGAACUGGGGGAGGAAGGCUGGCUACCUGUGAACAAACAUUGGCAGCCAGGAGAGAAAAUAAAUGUCCCUGGACUUUGGACUAGUGUACAGCCAGAUAUUCCAAAAGCAGCAAGACAUUGCUCCUUGCAGUCUCGGAAAACAUAAAUGAGACCUGUAACACACUUGCAUAAACUUUUAAAAUAUGGAUCAAAUAUGGAUCAGUUAACGGCUAUAGCAGGAGGAAAGCUGUUUCCCCCACCCCCAUCUCAGUAUAUUUUUCUUUUCCUUUUUCUGAGGAAGCUUAUAUAUUGAUGAGCACACACACACACUUCGCUGUUAGAAAAUUCUGUUUGCUUUCCUAAUCUGCUUAACUAUUCCUUCAUUUAUAUAUGAAAGCUUAUAUAUUGAGAAACACACACACACACACACACACACACACAUUUCUUUACUAUUAGAAAAUUGUGUUUGCUUUCCUAAUCUGUUUAACCAUUCAUUCAUGAAGAGUGUGAGGCCAUUACUGGGGAAGGGGGUGACAGUGCUAUGGCCAGCAAAAAUACCAAUGACCAGUGUUGAGUGGGGACUAAAUUCAGAAAGCCAAAAUGGGAAAAGCAAUUAAAAUUUGAGAAUGCCUCCCUAGGAAAAUGUCUAGGCAUUUGUGCUUCAUUUAUACCAAAGUGGAAAAGUUAAGAUUUAAGCCCAGGUCAGUUUUUACUUUGUGGAUAUUAAGUAAACAAAUGCACACACAGUUCCCAUAGUGAAUUUAAACACUGCAGUGGGGAGAAGCUUGGUAUUAUAGUUUUAAGGACUCUCAGAAGCUGUUCACAGUUAUAAAAAUGUACUGCUCUUAACACUCAUCCUCUGAAUCAGAAUUGAAACUUCAGUGGAGUCGACAAAACCUAGCACACAUGGCCUAGAGAACUCUUGGCACAUCUGAUUCCCCUGCUUAUUCAGAAGCUGCUGCUUAGAACCUUGAGAUAGUUCCCCUGUCUGAGGGCCAAAUCUUCUGUUUUUCAAAUGAGGGUCUUUAGAUCACCUUGACCUUUCCCCUCACUCAGUACGUCUUCCCAGAAUGUACCUAGAUUGUUCUGCUGCCUUCAGUAAUUGUGCCUGAUAUGGAUUUGUCCCCCUUCCGUCUUUUUCUGGGUGGAGGAAUCUAGAAAUGGUACAGUAUAUCUAAAAGUCGUGGGAUGAGUGGAUGAAAGUGACUUAAGUCUUCAUUAAAAAAACAUUAAUUUUUCAUUUUUGGCAACAUGUGAAAGCUACAAAGAACAACCAGUUUACUUUAAAAAAUAAGACAGUUCAAGUUUACCACGCCAAGGAGAGGCAAUAUAAGUGAUGGUUUUUGGGGUCUCCUUUUAGAGCUGGCUUUGUUUUCAGUCUGUGUUCUCACCCCUGCUCUCCCUCUCCUUUCCCUCAAAGAUAAAGUCCACCUGCUUCCCUGGUCUUACUAAUAUUCACCACCCCGCCCCCUACCCAGGGGAGAGAAGCUACGCCUAUUUAUGGUCACCCCCUAUUUCCAUCCCCACACACUGGUUCCCCCCUGAUUUGCACUUUUAUUAUGCAAACAAUACAUACACAUGAAAACAAUUAUAAAAUUAAAGGUUGUGGGGUGAUUUAGCAACUUUUUCACAGCCAGCUUUGUGAAGCUGGAGAGCAUUCAGGGCUCAGUUUAGUCUCACGGGUGCAGCCUCCAGACUGUUCCUUUCACAGUUCGAUUUUAAGCAAUGUCUUACUUCAUAGAUUAGGGGGUGAGUGUUUAGAAGGUUGGCUAAGUAAUGUGACUUCUCAGUGAAUCAGCUGACAUGACCUUAGGAAGACUUUUUAAUUUAUAUGAUUUGCCUCUUCACAUUUUGAAGUUGUCUAAAUUGACUGAAAAUAAUUUUUCUUGGUGCCUUAUUGGUUUAUCCUUGCAAACCUUUGUCAUAUUUUUCACAUGACCAGUGUGUGUGUGUGUGUGUGUGUGUGUGUGUGUGUGUGUGUGUGUUGUCUGUAACCGUGCUCAUGUACAGGCUUUAAAUAAUGUGCCGACAGCACUGUUUCCAAGUUGGUAUUCAUUAUGCUGUUUCCUCCUGGGCCAGGGCUGCACUAAUUCUGACACCGGCUGCCAGGAGCAAACCUCAUGGAUCCCACACCAAACCUUAAUAGCAGCAUCUGUGACCUGCACUCUCUAGUACAGAAUGGGACCCCCAGAGCUAGGAAAUGUAGUUGUAUAUUUUAAUGAACUGCUACCCCUGCUAAAGAGGCUUCAUUCGCUUUUGUGCUCUACAGAAAGACCAAGGGGGGUCGGAGGGACAAAGCUUUGAAUAACAGCUCUCUAACAUCAACUGUGACAUACAGGACAGAGCACAUCACAAAUCUAGGCUGGUGUGAGGGACAGUGGCUGAGAAUGGCCCUGCUCCCUCUGCAGGCCCUUUCUGGUCUCCCAAGUCCAAUCAAGUGAUCCUGGGAACGAAGUAUGCCUGAACUGGGGAGGGUGGUUCUGAAGGAAAAAGCUACCAAGACAUGAAAGCAGGGUGAGGGGUAGGCAGGAUGUAAGUCCCUAAGUAACCUGACUCAGAACUCACAAAGCUUCCUGCAGCUUGAUGACAAUUACAGGAUUUAUUUCAGCCAGGAUACUGUCUGUAGUAUAUCAUUUUAAGACAAUAUUACUUCAUGUUGUUACAAACUAUGUAUAGUAUGUUUGUGUUGUGGAUGUGUAUAUACAUAAUAUAUAUAUUUUAUAUAUAUA